AACAAUGGCGUCAACCUUCACUUCAUCAGUAAAAACAUGCAGAUCGAUCGAAGUGUAACCGAUCAUUUCCUACUAUGGUGAGGGGAAUGAUAUCGGACCGAAUGGCGUCAGACCAGUUUAUUAAAUAACGGUAAUAACAGAAGCGUUAAGUUUAGCUUUUAUAAAUUGGACCCGAGUUGGAUAACAAAACAACAAGCAUAUUGACCAGGAGACAUUUGCAAGCAGGACUUCUAAGGAUGUUUCAUAGAAGUGUUUAAGAGGGAGACCUUGCCCCUUUUUUGGCGUUUUCCUGUGGGUGGAGGUUAUUAAAAUCACUCGGAAUGGUGACGUCAUGUACCCGCUAUCAUGACAAGGGCCCCUCACAAAGGUUUGUAUAGGACCCUCAGACAUUUAGGAUCGCCACUGCUGGAAAGAGGAAACUCCUGAAAGACAUUUCACAAACUCCCGCCCCCUGCCGUCUUCCCAAUCUCUCCGUUGCAGGCUACGCUCGGGAGAGCCGCCGGCCGGCGCUAUUAAUUUGUGUUAUCCAAGAUGGAGGUUUAGUGAUGUUCACUAGCCCUCAGAAGUAAUCCUUUUUCCGUCCGUGUCAGAUCAUCCCUCAGACACAGGGCGGACAUAUUUUGUCGUUCUGCCUGUGGGGAAAAUACAUAGGAACUUUGGAUUUGGAUAUUCGUUUUUUGUGUGUGUUUUUCACCACAGCCAUGAGCUCGGUGGAAGGGGCCGAGGAGGCGGCCAAAGACUCGGCCGAUAUAGCUACGAUCUUCAAAUCUGAUUGCACAAAUUCAAAAGGCGAGCCCAAAGGAGUCUCCAAUCAGAUAACAGGAUUUCGUCGAAAUGAAGAGAUGAAAGCGAUGGAAGUUUUGCCCAUUCUAAAGGAAAAAGUGGCCUUCUUAUCAGGGGGCAGGGACAAGCGCGGUGGUCCGGUUUUAACUUUCCCAUCACGAACCAACCAUGACCGAAUACGGCACGAGGAUCUGCGCAGACUCAUCGCCUACCUCGCCGGCAUCCCUAGCGAGGACGUGUGCAAACAUGGCUUCACGGUCAUCGUGGACAUGCGUGGCUCCAAGUGGGAUUCCAUCAAGCCUCUGCUGAAGAUCCUACAGGAAUCGUUUCCCAGCUGCAUCCACGUCGCCCUCAUCAUCAAACCAGACAACUUCUGGCAAAAACAGAGGACCAACUUUGGCAGCUCCAAGUUUGAGUUUGAGACCACCAUGGUGUCUCUGGAGGGCUUGUCUAAGGUUGUGGACCCAUCUCAGUUGACGUCCGAUUUCGAAGGCAGCCUGGACUACAACCACGAGGAGUGGAUCGAAAUCCGCGUGGCCUUCGAGGACUUCACUGGCAACGCCCGGCACCUGCUCACCCGCCUAGAGGAAAUGCAAGAAACGGUUACGCGCAAAGACUUCCCGCAGGAUUUGGAGGGUGCCCGGCGCAUGAUAGAAGAACACGCGGCUUUGAAAAAGAAGGUGAUGAAGGCCCCGGUGGAAGAGGUGGACAGCGAGGGUCAGAGACUUCUGCAGAGGAUCCAGAGUAGCGAGAGCUAUGCUAACCGAACUGUGCCUGUACCGCCGGGCCAGAGAGAUGGGCAGGGACAGCCCAAUGCUGACACCCAGGGUCUUGUGCCCCGCAUUUCAGGCCUUCUUGAAAAGCUCCACAGCACAAGGCAGAACCUGAACCAGGCUUGGCACGUCCGCAAACUGCAGUUGGACCAGUGCUUUCAACUCCGACUGUUUGAGCAGGAUGCUGAAAAGAUGUUUGACUGGAUAAUGCACAACAAAGGGCUGUUUCUGGCAAGCUACACCGAGAUCGGCAACAACCACCCGCACGCCAUGGAGCUGCAGACCCAACACAACCACUUCGCCAUGAACUGCAUGAAUGUUUACGUAAACAUAAACCGCAUCAUGUCGGUGGGAAACCGGCUGCUGGAGGCGGGCCACUAUGCAUCCCAGCAGAUCAAACAGAUCUCAGGUCAGCUGGAGCAGGAAUGGAAAGCAUUCGCUGCCGCUCUGGACGAGAGGAGCGCCCUACUGGAGAUGUCCGCUGCUUUCCACCAGAAAUGCGACCAGUACAUGAGUAAUGUCGAGCCGUGGUGUAAAGCAUGUGGGGAGGGGGAUCUGCCCUCCGAGCUACAGGACCUGGAGGAUGCCAUCCACCAUCACCAAGGCUUGUAUGAACACAUCACAGCUGCCUACUCUGAGGUGAGCCAAGAUGGAAAAGCCUUAUUGGACAAGCUUCAGCGCCCCUUGACCCCGGGCAGCUCUGAUUCGUUGACGGCCUCUGCCAAUUAUUCCAAAGCUGUCCACCAUGUUCUGGACAUCAUCCAUGAGGUUCUGCAUCACCAGAGACAGCUGGAGAACAUAUGGCAACACCGUAAGGUCCGGCUGCACCAGCGUCUACAGCUGUGUGUAUUUCAACAGGAUGUUCAGCAGGUUCUCGACUGGAUUGAGAACCACGGUGAGGCAUUCCUCAGCAAACACACGGGGGUGGGGAAGUCUCUGCAUCGCGCCAGAGCUCUGCAGAAACGCCACGAAGACUUUGAGGAAGUUGCUCAGAAUACAUACACUAAUGCUGACAAGCUGCUUGAGGCGGCUGAGCAGUUGGCACAGACGGGCGAAUGUGACCCUGAAGAGAUCUAUCAAGCCGCACGUCAGUUGGAAGAUCGGAUCCAGGAUUUUGUAAGACGUGUGGAGCAGAGGAAGGUCUUGCUGGACAUGUCUGUAGCUUUCCACACUCAUGUCAAAGAGCUGUGGACGUGGCUGGAAGAGUUACAGAAAGAGCUGUUAGACGACGUCUACGCCGAGUCUGUGGAGGCCGUUCAGGAUCUGAUCAAGCGUUUCGGGCAGCAGCAGCAGACUACUCUGCAGUUUACUGUCAAUGUUAUUAAAGAGGGAGAAGAUCUCAUUCAACAACUCAGAGACUCUGCUAUCUCCAGCAAUAAGACCCCUCACAACAGCUCCAUCAACCACAUCGAGAGCGUCCUGCAGCAGCUGGAUGAGGCUCAGGCUCAGAUGGAGGAACUCUUUCAGGAGAGGAAGAUCAAACUGGAGCUCUUCCUUCAGCUCAGGAUCUUUGAGAGGGACGCCAUUGACAUCAUCUCGGAUCUGGACUCGUGGAAUGAGGAGUUGUCGCAGCAGAUGAAUGACUUUGACACCGAAGAUCUGACGCUGGCUGAACAGAGACUUCAACACCACGCUGACAAAGCCCUCACCAUGAACAACCUCGCCUUCCAUGUCAUCCACCAGGGUCAGGAGCUCCUGCAGUAUGUCAAUGAGGUGCAGGCGUCAGGAGUUGAGCUGCUGUGUGACAGAGAUGUGGACAUGGCCACACGGGUUCAGGAUCUGCUGGAGUUCCUGCAUGAGAAACAGCAGGAGCUCGACGUGGCCGCAGAUCAGCACCGCAGACACCUGGAGCAGUGUGUGCAGCUGCGCCACCUGCAGGCUGAAGUCAAACAGGUUCUGGGUUGGAUUCGUAAUGGCGAGUCGAUGCUGAAUGCAGGACUGAUCACGGCCAGCUCGCUUCAAGAAGCCGAGCAGCUGCAGAGAGAGCACGAGCAGUUCCAGCAUGCUAUUGAGAAGACCCAUCAGAGCGCCCUGCAGGUCCAGCAGAAAGCCGAGGCUCUCCUGCAGGCCAAUCAUUAUGACAUGGACAUGAUUCGAGACUGUGCCGAGAACGUUGCCUCUCACUGGCAGCAGCUCAUGCUGAAAAUGGAAGACCGGCUUAAACUAGUCAACGCAUCCGUGGCCUUCUACAAGACCUCUGAACAGGUGUGUAGUGUGUUGGAGAGUCUGGAGCAGGAAUACAAGCGUGAGGAGGACUGGUGCGGAGGAGCAGACAAACUCGGACCCAACUGCGAGAGCGACCACGUCAGUCCCAUGAUCAGCAAACACCUGGAGCAAAAAGAGGCCUUCCUCAAGGCGUGCACUUUAGCCAGACGAAACGCUGAUGUAUUCCUGAAGUACAUGCACAGGAACAGUGUCAGCAUGCCGGGAAUGUUGAGUCACGUAAAAGCACCUGAGCAGCAGGUCAAAAAUAUCCUAAAUGAGCUGUUGCAAAGAGAGAACCGUGUCCUGCACUUCUGGACCAUGAGGAAGAGAAGGCUGGACCAGUGUCAGCAGUAUGUGGUGUUCGAACGCAGUGCUAAACAGGCCCUGGAGUGGAUCCACGACACAGGCGAGUUCUAUCUCUCCACACAUAUGUCCACGGGCUCCAGCAUUCACCACACGCAAGAGCUUCUGAAAGAACAUGAGGACUUCCACAUCACAGCCAAGCAAACCAAAGAGAGAGUGAAGCUGUUGAUACAGUUGGCAGAUGGGUUCUGCGAUAAGGGCCACUCCCAUGCCGCGGAGAUCAAGAAGUGGGUGACGGCCGUGGACAAACGUUACCGUGACUUCUCCCUCCGUAUGGACAAGUACCGCACAUCACUGGAGAAAGCCCUCGGCAUCUCUUCUGAUUCCAACAAAGCUAGUAAAGACCUGCAGUUGGACAUCAUCCCAGCAAGUGCUCCAGGGUCAGAGGUCAAACUGAGAGACGCUGCUCAUGAACUUAACGAAGAGAAGCGCAAGUCCGCCCGCAGGAAGGACUUUAUCAUGGCUGAGCUGAUUCAGACGGAGAAGGCUUACGUUCGAGACCUGAGGGAGUGCAUGGACACGUAUCUGUGGGAGAUGACCAGCGGUGUGGAGGAGAUCCCACCGGGGAUCGUCAACAAAGAGCAUAUCAUUUUUGGUAACAUGCAGGACCUCUAUGAGUUCCACCACAAUAUUUUCCUCAAAGAACUGGAGAAGUAUGAGCAGCUUCCUGAAGAUGUGGGUCACUGUUUUGUGACUUGGGCCGAUAAGUUCCAGAUGUAUGUGAACUACUGCAAGAACAAACCAGACUCCACUCAACUUAUACUUGAGCAUGCUGGAGGAUACUUUGAUGAGAUCCAGCAGAGGCAUCGCCUGGCAAACUCCAUCUCUUCAUACCUCAUCAAACCUGUGCAGAGAAUAACCAAGUACCAGCUGCUUCUUAAGGAGCUCCUCACAUGUUGUGAAGAAGGGAAAGGUGAAAUCAAAGACGGACUUGAAGUCAUGCUUAGCGUUCCCAAGAGAGCCAAUGACGCCAUGCACCUGAGCAUGCUUGAAGGGUUUGAUGAGAACAUUGAGUCCCAGGGAGAGCUGAUCCUGCAGGAGGCCUUCCAAGUGUGGGAUCCCAAGACCCUGAUUCGUAAAGGACGAGAACGUCAUCUCUUCCUCUUCGAGAUGUCACUUAUCUUCAGCAAAGAGGUUAAAGACUCCAAUGGCAGGAGCAAGUACCUGUACAAGAGCAAGCUGUUUACAUCUGAGCUGGGCGUUACUGAACAUGUGGAAGGAGAUCCAUGCAAAUUUGCUCUUUGGGUAGGACGGACCCCGACUUCAGACAACAAGAUUGUUCUCAAGGCCUCCAGUAUUGAGAACAAACAGGACUGGAUAAAACACAUCCGUGAAGUGAUUCAGGAGCGCACCGUGCAUCUAAAGGGGGCGCUAAAGGAGCCCAUCCACAUCCCCAAAUCCUCCACGGCCAAACAUAAGGGUCGCAGAGAUGGAGAGGAUUUGGAUAGUCAGGGUGACGGCAGCAGUCAGCCAGACACCAUAUCACUGGCCUCACGAACAUCUCAGAACACGCUAGACAGCGACAAGUUGUCUGGUGGCUGUGAGCUGACGGUAGUGAUCCACGACUUCAUGGCCGGUAACAGCAAUGAGCUGACAGUGCGGCGGGGACAGACGGUGGAGGUCCUGGAGAGGCUCCACGAUAAACCCGACUGGUGCCUGGUGCGCACCACGGACCGCUCGCCCGCCCUGGAGGGCCUGGUGCCCUGUGCCACCCUCUGCAUCGCUCAUUCCCGCAGCAGCAUAGAAAUGGAAGGCAUCUUCAACCACAAAGACGCUCUCUCGGUUUGCAGUAAUGAUGCCAUCUUGCCAGGCUCAUCUGCCACUCUCCAGCCAGGUCACGUGAUGGGCUCUCACAGUUCCCCUGGGCCGAAGCGCCCUGGAAACACAUUACGGAAAUGGUUGACCAGCCCUGUGAGAAGACUCAGCAGUGGUAAAGCCGACGGCCAUGUGAAGAAGCUAGCACACAAACACAAGAAGAGCCGUGACGUCAGAAAGAGUGCAGAAAUAGGUUCACAAAAAGACUCGGAUGAUAGUGCCGCCACGCCCCAGGAUGAGACGCUUGAGGAGAGGGUCCGUAAUGAGGGUCUUAGCAGUGGCACACUCUCCAAGUCUUCAUCAUCGGGCAUGCAGAGCUGUGGAGAGGAGGAGGGAGAAGAAGGAGCUGACACUGUGCCUCUUCCUCCACCUAUGGCCAUCCAACAACACAGUCUCCUUCAGCCGGACGCGCAGGACGACAAGACCUCCUCUCGUCUCUCCGUCCGCCCCUCCAGCUCUGAGACCCCCAGCGCUGCUGAGCUAGUCAGUGCUAUCGAGGAGCUGGUCAAAAGCAAGAUGGCUCUGGAGGACAGACCCAGCUCUCUGUCAGUGGAGCAGGCCGACAGCAGCAGCACUUCCUUCAACCCAUCUGAUAACUCCCUACUGUCAUCAUCCUCACCGAUCGACGAGAUAGAGGAGCGCAAGACCGGCUUCCUCAAGAGACGGCACUACGUCCUGUUGGAACUGGUCGAGACCGAAAGGGACUAUGUGAGGGAGCUCGGUCUGGUCGUUGAGGGCUACAUGACCAGGAUUAGAGAAGAUGGAGUUCCGGAUGACAUGAAAGGAAAAGACAAGAUUGUGUUUGGAAACAUUCAACAGAUAUAUGACUGGCACAGAGAUUUCUUCCAGGGAGAGCUUGAGAAGUGCCUUGAGGACCCGGAUCGUCUGGGUCCUCUUUUUCUCAAACACGAACGGAGGCUGCAAAUGUAUGUUGUUUACUGCCAGAACAAACCCAAAUCUGAACACAUUGUCUCAGAGUACAUCGACACUUAUUUUGAGGAUCUAAAGCAGCAUCUGGGUCACAGGCUUCAGAUCACUGAUCUUCUCAUUAAACCUGUGCAGAGGAUCAUGAAGUACCAGCUGCUUCUGAAGGAUUUUCUCAAACUCUCCAAAAAAGCUGGAUUGGAUUCGGUAGAACUGGAGAAAGCAGUUGAGAUCAUGUGCAUCGUGCCAAAAAGAUGCAACGACAUGAUGAAUGUUGGACGACUCCAGGGUUUUGAUGGUAAGAUCAUUGCUCAGGGCCGUCUUCUACUGCAGGACACAUUCAUGGUGGCCGAACCGGAUGGAAGCCUGCUGAACAGGAUGAAGGAGAGAAGAAUCUUCCUCUUUGAACAGAUUGUCAUCUUCAGUGAACCUUUAGAUAAAAAGAGAGGGCUCUCCAUGCCCGGAUACCUGUAUAAAUACAGCAUCAAGGUGAGCUGUCUUGGUGUAGAGGACAAUGUGGACGGUGACCCAUGUAAAUUCGUGCUGACCUCCAGGACGUCCAAUGGCACCACAGAGACUUUUAUCCUGCACUCGAGCCAUCCUGGAGUACGACAGGUCUGGAUGCUUCAGAUCAGUCAGAUUCUGGAGCAUCAGCGCAACUUCAUCAACGCGCUCACAUCUCCCGUCGAGUAUCAGAGGAACCAUCUGGACGGACCAGGUGUCUCGGCCAGCAAUGUUCCGGCUGGAUGCGUUGGGGGUCAGAUCGCGGCCCCAGGAGGCAUUGGAGUGGCCCCGGCUGGGUCGGGUUCCCGCUCCCGCCCCUCCCGUAUCCCGCAGCCCUCCCGCCUCCCUCAACCACUCCGUCACCACUCACCCGCUCUGGGGCCUGUAGCCCAUGAGCCCGAUGGACCCGAUAAAAUAUCAGGUACGUCCUCAAGACCUCUCUCCAGGGGUCCCUCACCCUGUAGCACCAAAGAUCCCGAUCCGGCCCGAGAGCCCCCAAAAUCGAAGAUUCCUGGGAGCCCUCACCCGAAACAGACGGACUCUGAUGGCAAAGAUGGAGUCUCGACGGCUCCGAUCCCGCGAGCCACCGUGGCCCCGCUUGCUCUGGUCAAACCCAGGCCCGGCACUAUCUCACCCAUGGCUUCUCCACUAGCUACACCAGCUUUCAAAGACUCCAUUCCGCCCUGCAGUCCCGGGCCAAAGACAGGUGGGGGUUCCACGGCAUCCUCCAAUUUGUUUUGGGGCGCAAUUCCUGCCUCCCCGGCCAGUAGACCCGGUUCCUUCACGUUCCCCGGGGAAGCAGGCGACCCCCUGGGCCGACAGAAUCAGAACCAAAGCCACCGGCACUCCACCCACAGUAAAGAUGCAGAUCGCAUGAGUACCUGCUCUUCUGCCAGUGAGCAAUCUGUCCAAUCCACUCAGAGCAAUGGGAGUGAAAGCAGCAGCAGUAUUACCAUCUCCACCAUGUUGGUGACUCAGGACUAUGUGGCUCUUAAAGAGGAUGAGAUUAAUGUAAAUCAAGGGGAGGUAGUACAGAUUCUGGCCUCCAAUCAACAAAACAUGUUUCUGGUGUUCCGCGCCGCCACCGACCAAUCCCCAGCUGCCGAGGGCUGGAUCCCAAGUUAUGUGCUGGGCCACACCUCCGCCGUUAUCCCUGAUAUAUCAGAGGCAACUAUUAAGAAAUCAUCAUCAUGGCAUACAUCCCUCCGCAUCCGAAAGAAGUCCGAGAAAAGAGAGAAGGAAGGUAAAAAGGAGACCAAGCUGGAGAACGGAUACAGGAAAUCCAGAGAGGGACUGAGCAACAAGGUCUCUGUAAAGCUUCUAAAUCCCAAUUACAUCUAUGAUGUUCCCCCGGAGAUUCUCGUCCCGCUGAGUGAUGUGAGCUGUGAUAAAGGCGAGUGUGUCACUCUCAGGUGUAAGGUGUGUGGCCGCCCCAAAGCUACAGUCACUUGGAAGGGACCUGAUCAAAAACCGCUCCCCGCCAACGGCCACUUCAGCAUAGCCUACAGUGAGACCGGCGAGGCAACGGUGCGUAUUUUGGGCGUGACCGCAGAUGAUGAUGGCAUGUACACCUGCAUUGCAACUAAUGAUUUAGGCAGCGUGACAUCAUCAGCCAGCCUGAGAGUGUUAGGCACUACAAAUGAUGGAUUCCGGGUCACGUGGAAGGACAACUUCGAGUCUUUCUACACUGAGGUUGCAGAGCUAGGCAGGGGAAGGUUCUCUGUAGUGAAACGCUGUGACCAGAGAGGGUCAAAACGCACCGUGGCCGUCAAGUUCGUGAACAAGAAACUGAUGAAGCGAGACCAGGUCACGCACGAGUUCAGCGUUCUAAGACUCCAGCACCCACACCUAGUCAAACUUCUGGAUAUUUUUGAGACCUCCAGCAGCUAUGCGCUAGUCCUGGAGAUGGCCGAUCAGGGCCGUCUGCUGGACUACAUUGUGAGCUGGGGGAACCUCACAGAAGAGAAGGUGGCCGACUAUCUGCGGGACAUUUUAGAAGCUUUGCAGUACCUGCACAACUGCAGAGUCGUUCAUCUGGAUGUUAAGCCUGAAAAUCUUUUGGUGGACCAGAGCUCCUCCCAGCCGACGGUGAAGCUAACAGACUUCGGCGAUACAGUGCAGCUGAACUCCACUCCUUAUGUUCACUCUCUGCUGGGUAGCCCGGAGUUUGUGGCCCCCGAGCUGGUUCUCGGAGAGGCCGUCUCGCUCUCCAGUGACUUAUGGAGUCUGGGGGUGGUGACGUACGUGAUGUUGAGCGGAGCUUCUCCGUUCUUGGACGAGAGCGUGGAGGAAACUUGCCUCAACAUCUGCCGACUUGACUUCAGCUUCCCCGACGACUACUUCCAGGGCGUGAGCCAGACGGCACGGGAUUUCAUGCGUCUGCUUCUCAGGACCGAGCCUUCCAAGCGUCCCUCGGCGGCCACCUGCCUGCAAGAGCCCUGGCUGAGGCCGGGAAGUGGGCGGCGCUCGGCUGAAUGCAUCGAUACCUCGAGACUCAUCUCCUUCAUCGAUCGGCGCAAACACCAGAACGACCUGCGGCCUCUCGGGGGGAUAAAGACCUUCCUGCAGAGCAGGUUACAGCCUCGGAUCUGACCAAUGAAAUGAAACAUUAAUCUCAUCCUCUUUCUGCUGCCAGAUUACUUCAGUCCUGAGCCAAUCAAAAUGUGUGCUUGCGACCUUGUCUGCCAAUCAGAGCCUUUUUUGGCGGAUAAUAUAUACAAAAAUAUUUACCCAGUUGAAUGCUGCUGCCUCGUUCUGAAUGAAGACUUUACGCAGAGAUUAAGACAAUGAAAUAUAUAUAUAUAUAAAUAAAUAUAUAUAUCUAUAAAUAUGAAUUUCUCAGAUUUGCUGAAUGAUCAACAAAUCUACAUAGAGUAAUAUUUUGUGUGGAACAAAUGUAUCUGCCCAGCGGUGGCAGAGGUUUCUUGAAGAAAGCGAUGCAAUGCAGUUUAGCAAAAACAACCUUUUUCGUUUCAUUUGCCUGAGCCAGACAGAGUCAGCCACUCGGCUUUUGUGCUUAUGCAAUGUCAACUCGAAAACAAGGUCAAAUCCUUUCUUAACGAAACUUUCAAGAAAAUUGAAAAUCACGUUGUGAUAAUUUUUUAGGCUGCAUAUUUGAAUAAAUACGACAAUGGCAUCAGUUCCAGACGUUUAAAUGAAUGCAUCUUGAGUGAAUGAAUAAUUGAAACGUUUUAAGUAAAAGCUUGUUUUGGUCUCCUCGUGUAAUAAUAGUUGCUUAUUUGAACAAUGAUGAUGAAUGCCACAUUUAGCUGCAAAGAUUUUUACGGCUGCAAGUUAAACCUUUUUUAUUAACAACUAGAACAAAUUGUGUUGUGCAAUUUACAGAUGUAUACGCCUUAUUCUGUGUCUGCUCAUCUGAUUUGUUUUUAGUUUUUUUUGUUUAGUGUAAUGUCGAGGGGGACAACAAACGAAUCCCAGUGGAAAACAGCCAUAGGGCGGCCAAACAUCUGAGCGGCAAGAGCCAAUCAGCUUGAGACAGAAUGACUGAAUACUGUAAACGCUCUCGCAUUAUUUAAUAGUUUUUAUCAUGUGCAAUGUCGCGGCUUCAACGGUUUAUGCAGCUUUUAAUUUUUUGUUAGACAUCCGUUAUACCUUUGAUAAAAUAUACCUUGUACUGCAGGUUCCGCUGUUAUGGUUAUUUAAUCUGGUCUUUUAGUUAAGUAUUAUUGCUCUGUUAUGCGACAGGGUUAUUAUCGUCUACACGGCACUUACGCUUGUCACUUUUUGUUGAUGUACAUGUUAUUAUGCCAAAGUUUUCCCCUAUACACACAUGACUUUUUAAGUUAUAGAUUAUAUAGCUGUGACUGGUUGUUUACAUGAGUUUCUCAUAGCUUUACACUCGAAAGAAUUGUUUCUUUCAGUUUUUCCUUUAUUUUCUUUGGUUUCAAUGUUAUUGACAUUUCACAUGUUUUACAUUGAAUUUUUCUGCACAUUCGAGUCGAGUUUCUGAAGCUCACCUCUCAGACUACACUAGACGUUGAAAUCAUUUUAUUGUCAUAUAGCGAGACAUCAUGCACAAAAUGUGAAGCCUUUAAAUUAUGCUAUUUAUCUUAUUUAGAUAGUUUUAAUACAAAUGGUGUAGGUCCUUUUAGUUGUAAGGCCUUGGAUAGUUAUUGGUGAAAGUCAUAUGCUCUCAACACUUUCACAGUCUAUGUAGUUUUUAUUUUCACUGGAAUGAGAUUCGUAUGCGGACUGUAACUAUCAGCCUGUUGCUCUGUAUGUUGAUGUCCUUUGGAGCCAGUGAUACUUGCAUUAAACACAUAAGCCAACUCUUACGUUUGAGAUGUUGAGGUGUUAUUAAGUGUUUGAUUGCUGGACAGUGCGUCUUUCCUGGUAGGAAGGAACAUUGUUGAUUCAUCUGUAUAGACCCAUAUCAUUUCCCCUAAUUUAUUUGUCAUUGUAAAGUUGUACAGAUGCCUUGAUAGCGUGGGAAUUUGGACUGGAUACAUUUUUUAAAGCGUUUCAUUGAAUGUCUGUUUUAAGUUCUGAUCUCAUUGUAUUUUAAUGUAUGUAUCAUCCUUUUAGACAUUUUAUUUCGAUUGUUUUAUACUUUUUGCAUGUGUAUAUUUCUUUGUACAGAAACCAUAAGUGUUUAUGCGAUACAUGCUGUAAAUAUUUUGUUUUGUCAUCAGUUAUUUUGGAAUUAAACAUAUGGAACAAUGUC